AUGGGGUCGUGCCAAUCUGCGGGGCUCCCGGGGAAGGGCGGUGUCGGGGAUGACGGUUCGGAGGCGUGCCCGACGGUGUUCGAGCUCGAGCGGACCGUCGAGAAGAGGCGCGGGGCGGCCACUAGGCUCUACGUCAACCUCGUCAACCUAGAGUUCCGACGCGGCCUCUUCGAGGUCUACCAAAGGGGGUACGCAGAAGAGGGGGGCACCGGUGAGGGGGAGGGGGGCGACGAGGGCGGCGACGGCGAGGAGGACGGGGAGGGCGGGUGCGGAGAGGACAGGGGCCGCGGUAGCGGGCAUGAAGUUGACUCCAUAGCAAUCGCUGGGAAUCCCUCUGCUGCUGCCGCUGCUGCUGUUUCUGCUUCCGCUGCUGCCGCAAGGAAAAAGAAGAGGGUAGAAGGAAGCACAAGCUUCGUUGCGACGCACAAGUGUACCGGCACGGCGUACUCUGUGAGGGAGGUGGAGGUGCCAGCUAGCCGAAGCGCCAGCGAGGUGGACGAUCUGUGGCGAGGCUUCGAUGCACAGGCGGCGCUGGAUCACCCCAACAUCAGCCGGCUUCAAGAAAUAUUCUGCUCGGAGGGGCACUACUACGUUGUGACAGACCUGUGCAGCGGUGGCGACCCCAUGGAGCGUUUGGCGGCACAGGGGAGGACCGCGUUCGAGGAACGGGAAGCUGCCGACCUGGUCAGGAAAAUCGCGAGCGCUUUGAGUCACUGCCAUUCUGAGGGCGUGGUUCACGGCAACCUGCGGAUGGAAUCCUGCCUGUUCGAGGACGAGGGGAGGUGGGCUGACGUCAAGGUCGUCGACGCAGGCCUAGCUCUCCCCUCGCUUCGGCAACGUUCGCGAUCUCACGGUGCCUCCGGGCGUUCCAUGGCAGGGUUAGGGUUGGGAUCCGACAUAUCCAAGAGCAUGAGCAUCACUGGUUCGAAAAAGGGAGUGAAAAUCGGGUGGUACCUGCCCCCGGAGGCUCGAAAUGGAGGCGUUUGCAAAGAGGCGGGAGACAUGUGGAUGCUGGGCGCUCUGGCUUGGCAAGUGCUGACGGGACCUCUGCCGCAGCCGGGUAUGUCGCAGCAGGCGGGGUGGGCGACCAUCAUGCUCGGGAAGCCCUCGUUCAAGAGUGCGGGAUGGGCCAGCCGGUCGCCGGAGGCGGUGGACUUCGUGUCGCGGCUGGUCCAGGAGAGCUGCGUGAUGCGCAGGGUCGGGCUGCGACUCGUGGGCCGCACGCUGCAGGCGGCGAGGCUGCCUCCCGUUAAGCAGGCGUUUCGGCUGCUGGAUCCUUGCGGCAACGGAUAUAUCACUCAAGACGCCCUUGCCGAGGGCCUGAGAGGUGCACCGUAUGCGCGCAGCAUGAACGGGGGACCCGCCACUAGCACCGACCAAGCUGAGCCUUCAGGCACGGCUUCAGGGCCGAGGGUGGCAGCGGCGGCGGCGGCGGCGGCAGACACGGUGGAAGUGGAGCACGCUAAGCUCGCACGCGAGAUCUUCGAAGCGAUGGACGCGGAAGGGUCUGGUCGCGUCGGUUUCAGCGCGUUUUUGGCGGCGUGUUUGGCCGGGCGGCCCGCGGAUGAGGCGGGGGCGAGAGUGGCGUUCAGCUGGCUGGACAGGAGGGGAAAGGGCGCCAUCAACGCGGGGGACCUUAAGCUGGUCACGGGGGACGUCUUGCCCCGGCAAGAGCUUGAGGACGCGUUCUCCGACGGCCACGACGCGCUGGACCUAAUGAGCGCCUCCAGCGCGGGCCCGGUCGGCGCGGCGAUGAGGGAGAUGGAACCCGCGCCGCCCUUUUCUGAGAGGGUGCCAACCAUACCGGCGGCGGACAACGCCACGAGCGUGGGCAAGAAGCCCAUGGUUGCUGCGGCCGCGAAAAAGCAGGAAACGGUGGCGGCCGCGGGAGGCGGUGGUGUUGUUGACGGGGAGGGAGAUGAGGAGAUUUUGGCGCCGGGAAUCGAGACAGCAGUGGUAGCGGCGGCGGUGGCUGGGGCUGCGGCAGUGGGUACGUCCGUCGUCGGGCGGGCAUCGACAUCGAGAUCUGGAUGAGGAUAAGGGUUCGGUGACAGAGCGGAAGGAAGAGAGGGGUGGGAGGGGGGGGUAGAAACGGUAUCCUGGGCAUGGGGGGGGGGGGUUGAGGCACCGCCAGGGGAAGCAAUUUCAGGGGCUGCGACGACGAUAGCGGUCUGGAAAUAUGGAGAGGAAGGCUAGUGGAGGGCAGCACGCUAUUAAUAGUGCUGGCGGGCGUGGUGGUUGGAUGUUGACAUUUUCGUUUUUGGUGUUUGCGGUGUGUGGUUCAGGAAUCUUGUAAGAAGUCUGCCACACCCUGGAUCCGAUCCGACUUGGCCUGCUCCCCUGCUGACACAUUUGACGUUCUCGGUACCAGAGCAGAGUAUCGGUGGCAGCUGUUUUUCGAAGCAGGAUUAUCGUUGUUUAUGUGUUGGCCGCUAUGGCAUCCUACACUGCCUGCUGCACUUUUCAAUUUAAGACUAGUAUGAAACGUAUGUACGGAGGGUCUCCCUCUGUUGGUGAGGCUAUUCAAUGUGUUAGCAUUAUCGGCAACACGGAUGGUACUAGCAGCAGGAAUUGCCGACUUCGCAUCACUUGUGAGGUUGGGGAUAUGUACUUCAUGCACCAGGCUCACCGUGUUGAUCACUACUCCACGAGUAUAUGUCAGGCGAUGUGUUCGAGGGUCGCUCGAACCGAAAGUUUGAAUUGAUGUAUGUUUGCCUGGGUUGAUGAAGCCUUGUUACUCUCGGACUUGAACCCAUUGGUUGGGUAACAGGAUUCAAGCAGGCGUCCGCGGAGGGAGGGAUAUAGACUGGAUCAGGGUGUGGGUGGCAGUCCACAACGGGACCCUGGUGUCUGCAAGCACCUUGCAACUGCUGCAUAUUCCGCGUAUUGGUGCUGGGGUCGUGGUUGCGUGUUACCUGUAGGGUUAGUUGUUGGCUGCCCCUCGGCUUCUUGGGUGUUGUUCAUCUCUUGAGAUGUCGGUCGGGUACUGUCGUGUGUCACUGCUGUCACUGUCACUCUUGCACUGGUGAUGAGUCUGUCUGGGUGACCUGUGUAGUUAGAUGGUGUGUGCAUACAUAGACAUGAACAUAGAUAAUCACUGCGAGGGUCAGCUUUUCUCAAUUGGACUGUACGUGGAUAGACUCAGGCAGGUUUCUCGGGGGGUUCGUUGUUCGGUUGGCUUGGGCUGGCUGUUGUGUGUUGCACUGAGCGGAGAAGAAUCCCACUUUUCGCUCUUUGUUUCUGCCGGCCGAUCGACUGUCGUCCUACCCAUUGGGCGUGUCCGCAGCUAGCGGCGAAACAGCUCUCUGCCUGUAGUUUGGUUGUCAUUGGUUGUUGACUCUAGAGACGGCCGGAUGCGGCUGUUCCAUGUGGAGGUAUCAUUCGGCGUUUUCCUGAAGGGCGGAUAAAAUGUGGCAAGAGCUCCGCGGUUUUCAAUUUUGUUGUUUUGGACGCAAGGUGUGCUGCGGUUGGCGGGCGGUGCUGGCUGCCGUACGUGCGUUUGAUUUGAUGUCUGUCGAGAGUUUUUGGGUGGCCGGGUCGUGAUGUAGAGAGAACGAGCGAGCACGCGGGUGGAGUGCUUGCGGCGAUUCUUCCAGGACGUGCUUGGUCGUAACCGGCGAUUUUUGGGGUGGUGUUGGACGAAUUGUUUUUUGUAGUUCCGAGGAUAGAAAAACGGAAGAACGAGGUGAUGAUAGACGGACCCGAAAUAGACGGGUGGGUGUUUUUUUUUUGCUUUAUUUAGAAGUAUUCUAGUAUUCUAAUUUUUUUGGGUUCCUCCCACGGAGGCCCGAGGUCCUUGAUGUUCAGUUUUGAAUACGGCGGUUUCACUUUUUUUGCCGUGAAACGGUUGUUUGAUAAACUGCUGUAUGUAACUGCUUAGCGCUGGCUCAUUCCUGUCCUGAAGAUGUGUAGGUGUUGGAGGCUGUCCGGCGGCAUUCGGUCGGUUUUUGGUCUUGAGGUGGAGAGCGCACCAGAAGCGUGUGAUGUGAUGUGAUGAGAUGUGUGAUGAGAUGU